AUGGCCUCACACAAGUUAGAAAAUGAUUCAGGGAGUUACUCUGAAAUCGAAGAAAACAAAGAAGAAUUGGGAUCGAAAAAACAGACGAAAACAGAGCCUGAAGCGGACGUUAAAUCGAAUGGACGUCUCGAGUCGCGAAUUUCGAAAUUGACAGUCCCAGGACAUGAAAUGAGGAUUGUUGAGGACUACUCAAACAAAAAGAACGCCGAACGACAUUCGGGAGAGAUUCAAGCGUAUGCCAAAUUCGCUGGUAGUACAUGGACAUAUUACGUUAAGAAAAUUCGACUAAUUCUUGGUCGUGAGCCUGCAAACCAAUCCGUAAAAGGCAAAGAAGAAGAUAAUGAAGAGGUAGACAUGAAUUUUGGACCGUCGAAAGUGGUUAGUCGCAAGCAUGCUGUUGUUGAGUACAAUAUGCAGGGUCAAACAUGGAACUGCACAAUUUACGGGAGAAACGGUGUUAAGGUAGAUGGAAAGUUAUACAAACCAGGAGAGGUUGUGAACCUUUCUAGUGGAUCAAUUCUCGAUGUUGCGGGACUGCAAAUGAUGUUUGUUUUGCCGAACGCAUCUGAGCAAACUAUCACGGAGGAGAAAGUUGGGGAAGAAAUGGAAGAAGCUGAGAAAUCAGAGGAAUCGUCGGCGACCAUAGAAAACAGCGUCUAUGACAAUAGAAAACCUCCCUAUAGUUAUUCAGUAAUGAUUGCUCAAGCCAUUCUCUCCUCUCCCGAUUGCAUGAUGACACUUUCCAAUAUUUACAACUGGAUUUCGACUCAUUAUCCAUAUUACAGAACGACAAAAAGCGGAUGGCAGAAUUCCAUUCGACACAAUUUGUCUUUAAACAAAGCUUUUAGAAAGGUUCCUCGGAAGUCCGGCGAACAAGGCAAGGGUAUGAAAUGGUCAAUCGAACCCGAAUUUCGGGAGGAGUUUAUCGCGAAGACUAAAAAAACACCCUACAAAAAAACGCCUCCCCCAUUUCUUUGCACACCUCCUUUCACGUUGAAGAGAGAAAACUCAGACCCUGAGCAUACGUCCCCUCCUAUCCCUACCCCAGUUCGCCAUCAGUCUCCUUCUACUCCCAAAAGGGAAGGUUCUCCUAUGACUGAAGAAGCUCCUUCUGAAUCCAAAGACAAGGAAGGCGGCUCUUACAAGACGCCGACCAGAGCUGUACUGUCCGAUAUUAUAGCUAGUCAAGAUUAUUCUCCUGAUCCAAGUACAAUUUCUCAGUCGAAAAAUCCUGCGUCGGCUUCGCCUGCAACAAACGCGGCGUAUUCCACUUCUUCUCCCGCACCUUUUUGGAAGUACGUGGCUGUUCCAAAUCCCCAUGAUUGGCCUCACGUUGGUUCUUAUGAUACAAUAUCCCCCUACAGAAAUCCUUUAAACAACCAUAUGGUGUAUUCUCAAUUGCCCCAACCAUCUCCUAAAAAAAUCGAUGAGCAAAUGCACGAUUUGCAAGGUGUAGAUUUAGCAAAUGGUUUUGAAGGAAUUAGUUCGUGGAGGGAAUCAAUGGUGCAAAAGUUACGCACUGCAAAUUCUGGUACUUCAGCACCUGCUUCUCCGUUAGGUGCUUCCACAUCUCCAGCAAAUCCUCCACGAGCCUGGGGCAGCGUUUCUGAGCCAAUCCCUAAUCGGUCUACGGAGGUUGAGAAUAAGCAGCAGUUGGAAACUUCCGUUGUUGCUGGUAGUGAUAAUGACCAUGCGGUCCGUGCAAUUUUAGAUGCCAGUGUCUCUAUGGAAAAGCAACCGAAUGUUCAGCAACCGGCUGAAUUUACCCAAACAGGACAAGCACCUCAACCUGCUUUAGGAGCGACAGCACAAGCACAUAUUGAAGAGCAUCCAUCAGCUCAGCACUAUAUACAAGCAUCAAAUACUGAUGUGAGAAGCAACAUUUAA